UCGCUUCGUGCAGCACCUCACCACCAACCUCAGAGCCGUCGGCAAAAGGUGUCCUUGUACGACGAAUUAUGAGGUGGGUGUAAAUAACACAGGUGUAGUUCAAUACUUGAAUUGCAACUUGUACACUGACAACGGGCAUAUUUUUAACGAACCCCUCAUAAUGCUCGCCGCCCCGCUCUGCAACAACUGCUACAAUAAAACCACUUGGAACUUCAGCUUGUAUAAUGUCGUUACUGACACCGCGUCCAAUUCUUGGUGCCGCUCUCCAGGGUCGUUGGAAGCGAUUGCAAACGCGGAGCUCAUAAUGGAAAGAAUUUCCUAUGAAAUGAGUCUAGAUCCGGUACAAGUUCGCCUAGCCAACCUAGACCUGUCCUAUAAUGCAGUUCAGGAAAUGUGGGACGAUUUAAAAAUAAAAUCACAAUAUGACGAUAGACGCGCUGCCGUGCAGAAAUUCAAUUCGGAAAAUAGAUGGCUGAAGCGCGGCUUGAGAGUCGCUUUCAUGAGGUGGUCGGCUCUCAAUACUACGUUUACGUCUGCAACCGUAUCUGUGUAUUCCGACGACGGUACUGUUUCCAUCACUCACGGAGCUAUAGAGAUAGGGCAGGGUAUCAACACCAAGCUCGCUCAGAUAUGUGCAUACUUUCUCCAAAUACCCUUAAGUAAAAUUCUCGUGAAAGGACAAAAUACAAUUAUUUCUCCUAAUGCUGCUCCUACUUCAGGUAGUGUGGCAUCACUCAAUGUCGCGUUGUGUGUCCAGAGAGCUUGCGAAGAUAUACUUCGAAGGUUGGAACCGAUCAAGCAACAAAUGGGUGGAAACCCCACUUGGGAGGAGCUCGUUUACAAAGCGUAUAAAUCUAACAUUGAUCUUCAAGGUCGAGGAAUUCUUAAUUUGGGAGAAGAGAAUUCUUCUCAAGUGUACGGUGUUAUUGUGACUGAAGUCGAAGUCGAUAUUUUAACCGGACAAUCUGAAAUAAAACGAGUAGAUCUGUUAGAAGACGUAGGGCAAAGUGUUAGUCCUGAAAUAGACAUAGGACAAAUAGAAGGAGCUUUUAUCAUGGGACUAGGAUAUUGGACGUGUGAGAAAAUGGAAUAUGAACCGACCACUGGCGAGGUGCUCUCCGACCGCGCCUGGAACUACUGGCUGCCUCAAGCUAAGGACAUCGCGCAAGAUUUCCGAAUUUAUUUCAGAGAGAAUUCUUACAGCACCAACAUGUAUCUCGGAGCUAAAGCUACGGGGGAACCUGGCACUUCGUUAGCGGUAGCAAUACCGCUGGCGAUGCGGGAAGCAAUCUCUGCAGCGAGACUGGAGUCAGGCAUUCCGGCAACUCAGUGGUUCCAAAUCGAUGGUCCGUAUACGACCGAGCAAGUAUGUUUAGCAGCGGCCACAAAAUUUGAAGACUUCAAAUAUUUUUAAUAAUCAAGUUAAACAUUAUUAUGAAGAUGCGUGAAAUUAGAAUAAAUGUCUUGAAACUAGCGCCUGUAAAAUUUAAAAAGCAAAUUAUACGGUGUUUGCUUUACCUAAUUUUUUUUAAAGCAAAUGUCUAUGUCCAUAAUAUAUCAUUCUGUACAUUUUAAACACAUUUUUACCAUUAUUAGAUUACCCUUCAAAGACAAUAAUUAUUCAUAUAAAGACGAAAAUCUUUUUCUCGUGUCUCAAUAUGCAUGCGUUUUAAAAGUACAAUAAAUUCCAGAGGUAAAAUAACUCUAAAACAGACACUGCGUCUCAAGAAUAAUCGAUUUGUUAUACUAUCCCCAAAUGUGUCCCCGCAUUACUUAGAUUUAAACAGAUCCUUUAUUGCGAGAUUCAAUCAUAGACAGAUCUAAAGACGUACUUCCUGAUAUUACUUUGUUUUGUUUUGGUGCGUUACGCGAGAACAAAAAUUAAAAUAAAAUAAUCCACAAAUUACUUUUCAGAUUGGAUGUAAUACAUUAAUAUUAUUAUGUUUU